AUGAGCAGGGCGCGGGCGGACGAGGAGGAGUACUGGCACAGCUCCAAGUUCCGGGCCUUCACCUUCGACGAUGAGGAUGACGAGCUGUCCCAGCUGAAGGAAUCUAAGCGGGCGGUGAACAGCCUUCGGGACAUCGUUGAUGAUGACGAUGACGAUCUGGAGAAGGUCAGCUGGAGCGGGGAGCCCGUGGGAAGCAUCUCCUGGUCAAUCAAAGAGACAGCCUCCAGCAGCUCCCUGGAGGGCCGAGACACUGGUCUACAGAAGGGCUCUUCCUCCUAUGCUGCUCUUCCUAAGCAGGUUUCCUCCUAUUCCCUGAGCAGCUUGUUUAAAGGACGAAACAGACUUCCAAGUUUGCCGUCCCUUUCAGACGCCUUCACAGACACAGGAGUUAAAAACUAUGCCCCAGAACUGCGCAGACCAAAAGCUGAGUACAAGGAUUACAGCAAUGACUGGAGCCCCAGAGAUACAGUCCGGCGAAUGCAGAGGGGCAAGGUCUGUUCUCUAGAGAGGUUUCGCUCCCUGCAGGACAAGCUGGUGCUCUUGGAUGAAGCUGUGGCGGGACAUGAUGGAAAUGUCAUCACAGCUGUCCUGAUAUUUCUGAAACGGACACUAAGGAGAGAGGUCUUGUUUCGAGAGCUGGAGGUGCGGCAGGUGGCCUUGUGUCAUCUCAUCCAUUUCCUCAAAGAAACGGGUGAGCAGAAGCUGCUUCUGGAUCUGCUCAGGUUCCUAGACAGGACUGAGGAAGUUGCUCUCUCACAGUACCGGGAGCAUUUGAACAUCCAGGAUGUAGAAAAGAAGAGAGAAUUUCUGAAGGGCUGCAUUGGGCUGCCAUUUUCAGCUGAGGAUAUGUCCCACAUCCAAGACCAUUAUACCCUGCUGGAGAGACAGAUAAUCAUUGAGGCCAAUGAUCAACACUUGGCAAUGGCUGGGCAGUCAGAGAUAUUUCGGAAAUACCCUCGCAAGGCCUCAAUUCUCAACAUGCCACUAGUGACCACUCUCUUCUAUUCCUGCUUUUACCACUACACAGAGGCUGAGGGAACGUUCAGCAGCCCAAGCAAUCUGAAGAAGACAUUUAAGAUUCCUGAUAAGCAGUAUGUGCUGACUGCCCUGGCUGCCCGUGCCAAGCUACGAGCCUGGGAGGAUGUGGAUGCACUCUUAACUACCAAGAACUGGCUGGGCUACACCAAGAAGAAGGCACCUAUUGGCUUCCACCGGGUGGUAGAGAUCUUGCAGAGGAACAGUGCACCUGUCCAGGUGCUCCAGGAAUAUGUGCGCUUAGUAGAGGAUGUGGAAACACGGUUGAACCUUGCCACCAAAUACAAGUGCCAUGAUGUUGUGAUUGAUACGUACAGGGAUCUAAAGGAUCGCAUCCAGCUGAUGGCAUAUAAAUGCAAGGUGGAGCGGGGCUCUGCAGAAGAAGAGAAGAUAAACAGCCUACUCAGUAACAUGCAAAUCCGGUGGAAGAACUGAGCACCAGCGAAGUAACCUGCUUGGACGUUGCCUUGCCAGUACAAAAGGAAACUGUAAAAGCUGGUCCAGCACCAACAGAGCAGCUCUGUUACUAAUCAUUGCAUGAUCAGUGUUUGUCAGUGACACUGGGUGCUCGUGGGACAGAGGCAUUCAAGCAGGUCGAAGACAACUGCUCUGAUGCAGCCAGUGAAACCAUGGUACUGAUCCACAAGUGUUGAUUCUUUUUGGAAUCUGAUUCUCUUUGACUUGGUGUAGGACAGUCAUGGCUUUUGUUUACAGAGGGAAGUUGCUGGACCAGGCAAAAUUGUGUUUGCUUAUUGUGGUGUCUGGGCUCUUUCUAGCAAGAGGAACAGGUCAGUCAUUCGUGGGUCUCCAGUAGACAAUGCUGACCGACCAGUCCCUGUAACAUUCAGGCUGGCUUGGGCAUCACCAGUCAUGGCUGUGGAGAACAAGGCCUACUGGACUGUGUUCUUCCCACAUCAGAGUGUGAAGGGGGAAAGGGUCAGCUGCACUUUGAAGUCUUUCUUGGUUUGUUGUGGCUCACACCAGGAAAGAGGUUUUAUGAACUCCUGCAGAGAGCCAGGGCAGCAGCCUCUGCCUGUAUCCCUAUGCUGGCACUUGGCAGCUCUCGGCAGGUCCCUUCAUCAGGAAAAGAGUGGGCACGAUGUGUGGAGCUGGUCAGAGCUGUGCUACAUUGGAUGGAGAGCAAGAAGGGGACCACUCACUUAGCACGAACCUGAUGAUCCCAGGAAGGAUUGAAUUGCACUUUCUCAGAAACACAAUUCCUCAGGCAACUGCUGGUUUCAUCCUUCCAGACCUCUCUUCAGUUCCUUAAAUAAAGCUGUCUCUUUCUCCUCAGGCUGUUUAUUUCCUUUCCACAUUAUGCACUUUGCUGCUCUGUGCUGAUCCUUAGCAAUUUAUCACACCUCCCUCAAAGUGAGUAUGCAGGGUGUUUUCUCAUAUCCUGAAAUAUCACUGUGAAGAAGCCUUGCUUGCAGCAGUACUUCAUUUCAUACUUUCCAUGCUGUCAGUACAGAUUAACUCAUUUCUGUGUUUCAAGACCAUUUGCUGCCUUGAAGGUUCUCGUACAGAGCUGAAGGCUGCGUACAGCCAUGUACAAGUCUGAGGGCAAAUUUGGGCUCCAGCAUCCCUGCUGCACUGUGCACUGUGCAGUCUCAGUUUCUGUGAUCACUCUUGUUAGUUUUUUUUUCCUGUUUUGUUAUUGUUGGUUUUGGUUUGUUUGUUUUGUUUUGUUUUCCCCGCAGAAUCAUAAGCAUGUUUAGGUUGGAAGGGAUUUCAUGAUCAUCUUGUCCCUUUCCCCUGCUCAGGUAUGGUCAGCUGAAGCAGGUGGACCAGGACUGUCCAGAUAGGUUUUCAGUGUCUCACAUUUGGAGAUACUGGCUCCUCAGCCUAAUUAAUUCUGUUCCUGUAUUUGACCAUCCUCACUGUUAAAACAAUAAAUUAAAAAGUUUUGUGCUUGUA